CCCCUCUAAAAGAUCCUCCUUACCCUCUACAAGCAUGUCAGUGAAUAUCACAAUGAAGAUGAGGGUUGUUCUGCUGCUGAUGUUUCUUGGCUAUUUGAGCGUAACACAUGCUCAGAAUGUCCUGCAGCCCGACAUAAACAUUACCGAUCUCCUCACAGGUCUGGAGAAACUGAAGGACAUGGAGACCAGGCUGCUUGCCACUGAGACUAUGGUGGUGGAACUGAAACAGAUGAACCAAGAUUUACUGGAUGAACUACAGGUUGUGAGAAGCAUGGAGGCCAGAUUAAAAUACACUGAGGACCAGGUGAAAAAACUACAGCGUAACAAUAGUGAAGGUCACACAAAUGCCACACGUGUGGCAUUCUCAGUCUCUCUAUCUGACUCUGGAGUGGCAAUCUUUGGACCCUGGAAUGAUGAUAGGACUGUAUUGUUUAAAAGGAUUCUCACAAAUAUUGGUGAUGCCUACAACCCAAAUACAGGAAUCUUCACUGCCCCAGUGAGUGGAGUUUACUAUUUCAGUUUCACUGCAUUCGCACAUAUGCAGUCUUCUUCAAUUCUCGCUGGCACAGCCCUGUACAAGAACGGAAAGCUUGUGGUGUCUGUGCAUGAAUUACACCAGGGUGAGGACAAUCACGAGUACGCAUCCAAUUCAGCAGUGCUAGAGCUGAAGGCAAAAGACACUGUCUACAUUCACCUGGAAGAAGGCCGCAUGGUCUAUGAUGAUUAUAAGGGUCGCACCACUUUUGCUGGGUUCCUGCUGUGAACAAUGCCAAGACAGCUCUGAAUAGCCUACUGCACUGGAGACAUCAGUUGUCUUGUCUAAGGAAUACCUGUUUAUUGUGUGAUCAUUAUAGAUGAUUUGUUUCUACAAUAUACUUCCAGAUUCCAUUGUAUGCUUCCUACUAUCAACUGUUAUUUUAUCUAGCAAAAUGCCUUGAGUGUCUUGAGUUGGCUGAAUAAAAUGCCUGUGAUUCUACACACAGAAUGCAACAAGCAGUCCUUUGGCUUACCACAUGAGCUUUGCCCUAAUCAAAUACUAGGCCUAUUUUAUAGCCAACUGCAUUAAGCUUUCAGGACUUACCAGUCUUACAACAGUUGAGGCUGUGAUUUGUUUACCCUUUGCCAUCUAGUGGACAAUUAUCUUAUAAACCUAUUGGCCCUUGUAUCCUACAGUAGGCCUAAUGACAGGCAAAGAUAAGGGUCUUUAGUAUACAUUUCCAAUUGAUUAGUAACCUGACUCUCGCCAGAUCAGCCAAAUGCCUCUGGCGGAACUACAAGGAUCUGGCGAGAAUCAGGUUAGUUGAUUAGUACCUUUAACAGCAAUUAUCAAUUGAACUGUAUCUGCAUUUUCAACCAAGUAGGCCUAGUAGUUAUAGUCAUUAACUUUGAUAAGUUGAAGAUAGAUAGGGAAAUGCUUUUGUUACAAUUUGUGUACAGGUGCCAAUAAUUGUGGGCAAUGUGAUUUGGUAAAAAAAAUAUUUACUUCUUUAUGAUAUUUUCUCUCAUAAUAAAUUUGCUUCCCUUCAA